GUCACACACACACACACACACACACACAGUCAGAUGUCAGUAAACAAGCAGCAGAGAGCAGGACGUUAACGGGAGCUCACAGGAGCAGAGAUGGGUCUGGGGACGAGGUUGGAUGUGCCUGUGGGCGACGUCUCUCUGAUCAGAGGACUGUGGGAGGUCAGAGUGAGGAAGUACAGACAGAGACAGAAGAAGGAGCAGGAGAGGAUCGAGCAGAGCGCGCUGCCAAAGAUCGACCAGCAGUGGCAGUAUCGUAUCUACUGUAAGACACUAAAGAGCAAGGAACGCACCCUGCUGCAUCAGUACCUGGAGAGAUCUACUCUGUCACCUCAUUUACAGCCACACACAGAAUCAGGGCAGGAGGAUCACACAGACGAGCAGGAACAGAAAGAUCCAGAGCAGAACAAACUCAUCUUCCAGCUGGACGGAGAUCAGUGGAUGGACUUCCCGAGGGAGCUGCAGUGGAUGACCUACCUGAAAGAGUGGCACGUCCAAGGGACAAAGAUCAGCCGGCUGCCUGACUACCUGCGUCUGUUCACCCAGCUCACCGUGCUCGAGAUCCCCAAAAACGCCAUCGCCGAGCUGCCACCUGCAAUCGGUAAACUGACCUGUCUGAAGGAAUUAAACGUCAGCUACAACCGUCUGAGCAAAGUUCCACCAGAACUCGGAAACUGCGAGAACCUGACGAGACUUGAACUGACGGGAAACCUGAACCUGUCGGAGCUGCCGUUUGAGCUGAGCAGCCUGAAGCAGGUGGUUCACCUGGACAUCGCAGAGAACAAGUUCAUAUCGAUCCCCAUCUGCGCUCUGAGGAUGAGCAGCCUGCAGCUGUUGGACCUGAGCAACAACAGUCUGACCGACCUGCCGCAGGACAUGGACAGGUUGGAGCAGCUGGUCACACUCUUAGUCCAUAAGAAUCAGCUGACGUACCUCCCUCAUUGUCUCACCAACAUCUCCACGCUCAAGAUGAUCGUCGUCAGCGGCGAUGAGCUCAACUGCAUCCCAACCAAACUGUGCAGAAACCCCGACAUCAAGUUUAUCCGACUGUACGACAGCCGAGCCAGUGAAGAGAAGAAGAAGAAAGAAGAGGAGGAGAAGAAGAAAGGGAAAAACAAGAGGAAGAGGUGGAGUCAGCGGAAAAAGGAGGAAGUGAAAAAGGACGGCGGAGAGAAGGAGUUCAUCGAGGCGUACAUCAACUCGCUGAAGGACAGAGACACCAUCCCUGAAGCCACCACCAAGGUGUCCAUCUCCUGCCUGCUGUGAGGAAGAGGAAGAUGAUGAAGCAGCACUAGAAAAGAUAAAAACACGGUGAAACAGUUAAACUAAUGGAUGUGUCAUGUUGUGCUCACACCAACCGAAUUUUUGUGUUUGAACACUAGAAUAUUUUCUGAUGACUCACUUCAUGCGCAAACUCAUGUCAUACGUGCGUGAAAUCACUAAAUUGAUGAAUGAACUUCCGCUGGUACUUCCUUGGCGCCAUACGUCCCCGGAGGAUCUCAAUGCUGAUUGGCUAUCGUGGCACAAAUUGGUUGGUGAAGUUUUUUUUCAGCUCUCGUAAAUAGGCGCUACUCACUUCAUUCAUGCAGCUUUAUUCGCACUUUUUUCGUCAUUUGCGUUGCGUCCAACAUGUCCAUCGCAUCCAUCACGCUGCCCAGCAGGACUUAGCGUGUAGUCGUGUCUCUACAUUGACUUUAUUUUACUAAUUCACUUUCGCAAAUUGUUUUAUUUGCACCAGGCACACAAACAACAUUAUGCUGUGUUCACUACAAACACAAUGUGAAUUUUCACAUCAUGUUACUUGGAGCAGUUUGAACACCAGAAUAUUUUGUGUUGAUCCGCUUCAUUAUUAAAUUACUGAAUCGAUGAAUGAACUUCCGCAGGUACGUUCUCGGCAUCAUACGUCUCCAGAGGAUCUCAAUGCUGAUUGGCUAUCGUGGCGCGAACUGGUCGCUUGCGUUCAGUUUUUUCAACCCUCGUGAAUAAGCCUAUGAUGUGAAAUCGCUCUACUUGCUUCAUUCGCACCGCUUAAUUCAGGAAUUUCGUGUCAUUCGCAUCUUUAUGUUGACUUUAUACGAAAUCCACUUGUGCGAGUUGUUUUAUUUGCGCCCGGUGUGAACGCAACAUUAGAGGAAGUGGAAACUCAGAGAUGAGUUCAGAGCGCUAUGAUGUCUGAGUCAGGUGGUUUAAUGGGAGUUAAUUUAUUCCACAACAAUAACAAAAAAAAACAGAAGAAGAUGAGAAGUCAAGUAAAAAUUUAAAUGACUCACGUUCAACAAUCGAGUUCAUCGUAAAAAUCCACAGGCAUAGACUUUAUCAUUAACUAGACACCAGACACCAAAAUGGCGGCUGUUAUUCCAAAGGAGUUGCUCACCUCGCGCAUAUGCCAAUAAAGUUUCUUGAACGUCUCCAUGGCAACAAGUAAAACAGUCCUGAGGGUUGUAAAUCAGCGGCUUGCUGUGUCUGCCCUCGCAGACGUUACAUGAUGACAGUGAACUCGUCACAGUACGUACGACUGAAGUCAGCGAGGGCUCAGUCAGCAAGUCCAGAGGCUGGACAUUUGGAUUACGUUAGCAUGUUAGCACCUCCUGUUGUCUGUCUUGAAGUCAGUGUGUUUUUGGUUAGAUGGCUGAAAUAAGGUCUGUGUUGACAUCAGCUGAAGAGACUUUCACGUCACGCCUACAGACAAACGUCAUCACUCUGUGGAGACAUCAUUUAAAGGCACUUAUUUAAAAAAAAACAAAUCUCACACCUGCCACCGUCGGCUGUAAAAACAGUCCCUCGCUCUGAAAACAGAAACACAUCAUGAAAAUUCAGUUCACAUAUUGUAAUUACCUCCUGCAAGGAGGUUAUGUUUUUUUAAGUAAAUGAUCACAAACGUUGCCAAACAUCGGAACUUCACAAAAAAAACUACUCACACAUUUUAAACAGAUUGUCUUGUGUGUGUAUGAACUCAACGUCCACACCAUUCGUUCUCCUAAGAAUUAGCUAGUCUCAUGUUCCAAACGAAUCACAGAGAAAUGUUAAAUUACGUCGUAGUUAUGACAGUAUUAACCUCGCUAAAAUUAUCUGAGCAAAAAGAAAGUGGAACGAUCAGAGGCUAACGCUAACGUUAAGUAAGCGGGCACUUUGGGUAAAGAGCUAAAAUUAUGUUGUAAUCGUUGGUGAACUUUAAUGACGUUUAAUAAGCUGUCCCAAAGCGCUAAUGUUGGUAAUCUUAAACAAGUGGAAUUUGGAGCAACAAGUGCGCUAGCUAACGUUAGACUCCGUGGAAAUAAUGUUGACAGCUAACGUUCAAAAGGUCCAGUUGUGAUGGCUAACGUUCGCUAAAUCAAACAACUGAACUGUGGCAGGCUCAUUAACAGUCCCAAGCUUGACCCAUUAAAUAUUUUACACUACUAUAAGAGAUUCUUACCUGAAGGUGUGUGUGGGCUCAGGUGUGUUUCAUGUUAGCUGGGAGCUUUUUUUUCUUUGCUUUCCUCUUGACUCCGUCAUUGUGGACUCAGACCCAUAAAGAUGGAGGCAAAACACUGAAUUUCAUCAAAGUCAAGUCAAAUUACUGACGUGUCAAAUCAACACAACAUUUUAAAUGUCUAAAAUCUUUAGAUAAACAAAAAGUAAAUAAAACAAACAAAAAAUAAUUACAAAAAAUAAAUUAUGAGCACUAAGUCAAAACAAAAAUUCUUGCACAUUUAUACUUUAAACAUAAAAGUACGUAUAAAUAUAAACACCAAUUUGUUCCCACUGUCUCAGUAUUUUGACUUCAUAAAUCAAAAUUUUGACUUUGGAUUUUUAUUUUUUCAUUUUUAAAUAUUGAAUUUAUUUUUCUUGCCUUGGCAGUGACGAACUUCCAUAUUUUUGAGCUGUUUGAGUGACUGAAGGUUUUAUUUUUUUAAACAACUGUAGUUUAUUUUAUGGAUUUAUUGAUUCCUGCUGACUGAGAAUUAAUUUUUGCUUUUCAAAAAUAACUUCAUUCCAAAAUCAGAUUUCCAACAAAUGAACAGUUUGAUGUAAAUUCACUGACGUUCACUGCUUCACUAUUAACCCUUUCACACCAUAUAUACACACAUUAUUAACCCUGUCAUAUUGUAUAUUUACAUUAUAAACUCUGUUCACGAACAGAUUGCCAUAAUGUCUGUGCAGUGAGUAUCGUGAUUUAGUUUGAACGUUUUAUUUUAUUUAACUUUAUUUUCUCCUCAUAACACAUCAGUGAAAUAUUUGGGAUAAACUGGAUUUUAUGGUUUAAGAUGAGAAUGUGACCAAACAGGAAACGAGGCUGAAUGUCCGACAAAUAAAGGAGAAGUCAACAGGAAACACUUAUUUACAUGUUUUAAUGUGUGUUGCCUGAUUUCAUUCAGUUUAUUUAUUAUUUAUUAAACACGGUUUGUAAAUUUGUUCGAUUCUUUUUCAUUAGAUUUAUUUUCAAAAAUCAAAUUAUGGAUUUUAAUUAAUUUCAGCAAAAAAAAAGUGUAAAUAAGAAUUCUUACAAAAACAGUGAUUUUAUUCCCUUCAGAAAAAAAUGUUUAUACUUUUAUAUUUGUGUUGUGUAACUGAUUUUCUGUUUGACGCUUUGAGACGUUUGUCUGUUUUUAUUC